AUGACGGAAUCGCCAAUACCGUCGGUCAGCAACAUUCAGACCUAUACUCAUAGCCGAAGCCAAUCUCAAAUGCAAACUCAAGAUGACAAGAGCGAGAAAACGGAGAAGGCUGUUCUUUCGCAAAUUCAAGAGAUCAACAGCCAAGUGGCGCAAUACCGCGAUUUGCUGAUAAACAUCGGUCAACCACGAGACUGUCCGGAACUUCGAGAAAAAAUUCGAAGAUUGAGACGAAAUUGCGUAGAAACGUGUAGACACACGUCCCAGCUUAUACUGCCACAAGUACGAAGAACUACGGAUAUCGGAAUCCCUGUAGACAGUCCAAAUUUGAUGCUUCUCUUUUAUGUCGCGCAAUUGUUUCUGCGCGAGCUUUGCAAAAGUAAGAACCUCAUCCGCAUCGUGCCGAUGGACAUGACGGAGUAUUACGAAACUCGAUCCGGCCCGUCCAACAUCGGCAAUGUGAUCUCACAAAUAGUUCUCUGUAAGCAAAUCACACCAGAUUUCUACGAGGAAGAAUUGUGCAGUAUCCAGAAAGAUUCGGAAGAAAUUCGUGGUUUGAUCAACGAACUGCAAGAGUUUAUGCCUCAAUCAAGUGGCGAUAUAGAAAAGUACACGGCUUUACAAAAUGCGGCAAGUUGGAGUAAUCGUACCAACGGUAGACGGAUACACCGAUGGAACCAAACUCAUAAUAGACCUACUAGAACUACCAGACAAUCGUCCUACUUUUGCGGAGCUUUGAAUCUUUUUUGUUGCGCAGCAAGAACAAAUUACGUUUAAUUACUAAACAUAUUUGCCCGCCAAAUUUCUUUACAAAAAAUUUUGUUGCAAAAGAUUUUUAUUAAUUUCCUCCUGUGUUAAAUUUUCUGUUUUAAAUUUUAAGAAUAAGUCAUAAAUAAAGAGAAAUUCUCGCUAUGUUUUGCAAUCAUGAAACGAAACAUUCUUAUAAUUAGUCGAUUAGAUGAUAAGAAACCUAAUACUGAGAUUUUAUUUAGUUAAUAAUACAAACCAUUUAAUAAUAAGUACAAACUUCUUAAUAUAGAAAAAUAUUCAAACAUAUUUUUAUAAAGGAAUUUCAUUUAUUGCGGAAUUGUUUAUAGUAUAAUAAUAGUAAGAAAUCUAACUUAAACUUACGAUG